GAGAAAAUGGCUGAUAAGUGUCAUCUGUGUCUGCUGGAACUGAUCUUUCUCUCUUCACUUCUCACAGGUUCCAGUGGAGUGGAUGAUGCUCAUGUGUUCAUCGGUUCUGGUGAAAAUGUUCGUCUGCCCUGUAAUAAUGCUCGUCCUGACUGCACAUCAACUACAUGGAUCUAUAACGGGUUCAAUCAUUCAGCAGCAGUUGAACUGAUUGCAUUAGGGAUAACGAAGACAGACACAGAGAAACAUGAGAGACUGAGUCUGGGGUCUGACUGCUCGCUGAAUAUCAACAACAUAACAAAAGAAGAUUAUGGAUCUUACACCUGCCAACAAUAUGUGAAUAACAAAAGACAAGGAACUGAUGCUCGUGUUUCUCUGCAUGUCCUUCAUGUCUCUUCAUCAUCCUCACAGACUGAGAGCAGAGCAGGCCACUCUGUGACUCUCUCCUGUCAGUUGUAUUCAUUUGCUGGAGUCUCUUGUGAUGAUUGGAUCCGUUCUGAGAGAAUUGAGCUGCUCUGGGUGAAUCAGGCUGGUGAUACACUGAUAAACUCAGACUCCAGAUAUCAGAUAUCAGCUCCAGAUCACUGUAUCAGCACUCUGACUACAACACUCCUGAAUGAAGAUCACAACAGAGAGUGGAGAUGUGAAGUUUCUCAAAUCAAGACGUCAGUCACAUAUACUGUCAGGUAUUCAGUCUGUGAGAUUUUUCUCUUGAUUGUGUCUCUCGUCUGUCCUGCAGUGAUUGUGAUUAUUGUUGAGUUUGCAGUAUUUGCUGCUCCUACUGUGAUUCUUCUUCAGAUCAUCUGUGCAAGAAGAGCUGGGAGGAAGAACUCACAGCACCGAGAGGAAAUAGUGAUGAAUACAGUAUUACAAUAAAAUGCU